CUAACCCCCGGUGUUGCAUAGGAAUUCCAUCUGCAGGUCGCAAUCAAUGCCGCGGCGCAAGGAAAAGUAAAAGAUGCCCACAUUCCGACCCCGGAAACCGUCCUCAGUAACCUACGCUAUGAUGAGCUCUACCCGCCGAUCUUCUCGCAACCCGCGACCUACAUUCGUUUCUCGGCGACCGUCGAGGAUUGCUGCGGGCCGCCGUAUUGCAUGGAUGAAGAGGAUGAUGUCUUCCUGAAGAUCUUCAACCAGAAGCGCGAUGCGGGCAGCCGGUGCACCGAAGACCAGUUCGAAGAGGUUAUGAGCUUCUUCGAGCUGACAUCGCGGAAGGAGCAGCCAUAUGCUUGUGUAGAUAACUCACCCCUCAUGACUUUCGACGAAUUCCAGCAGGCAAUGGACCCGGCCGUAGAGGAGAGCGUAAAGCGGUUCGCCAAGGACGUCUAUGAGUACUGGAAGUCAAGGCGAACCAGCGGCGGCAACGAACCCUUGCUUCCCACUCCCAAGAUCGAGGCCGGGCGAGACACCGAUGAUACAGACCCAUACGUCUGCUUCCGUAGGCGGGAAGUGCGCCAGACCCGCAAGACCCGGGGCAGAGAUGCGCAAAGUGCCGAUAAACUGAGGAGACUCAGGAAGGAGCUGGAAGAUGCUCGGCAGAUGGUCGCUCUGGUGCGCCAGCGCGAGUUGGCAAGGAAAGAGAUGCUGGCAAUCGAACGCCAAGUAUUCAUGCAGAGGUCGGAGGUCAAGGAGAUGAAGAGGAAGCUCAACAUCAAGGACGACGACGAAGAUCUCAUCAACCAGAAGGUGAGCCCCAUGCAUACCUGCCACCGUUGGCUUCCCAUAUUGAUGACCCUGCAACAGCCCAAGAAGAAGCCAGUCGAAGCGCCAGCCGUGCAACGCCCGGCAGCGCCUCAACUGCGCAUGCCUCCCAAGGCUGGCACACAAGCUGCGGAAGACCUGCAGCUGUUGGAGGAUGUCCAGGCAGAGAAGGAGAACGAGAUUCUGCGCGACAUCAAGCAGAACAUCACCAAGCACAUCAAAUGGAACGAGGGCUAUGUGGACUGCACAAGAGCCCCGCUCUCACCGUCGCCUGACCGAAUGUUUGAGUCCGCCUUCCGCCCAGCCAUCACCACGCAAUUGCCCACACCGCCAUCCUCGGAUUCUUCCGAGAAUAUGCUGGAAUCCGCUUUAGAUACCCCGAGUGCCAUUGCUCUUCGAGAUAAAUUAGCCCCCCAUGCCAUGGAACUGAGUGAGGACACCAGCAAGAUGCCCUCUUUCAGACGACGUAUCGGGCGCGGCGGUCGUCUGUGGAUUGAUCGGCGAAAGCUGGCGUCACGUUGUAGAGUCGAAAUGGAUCCGUGGAAGGCCGAUCGAUUCAAGUAUGAUCAGGAAGACUCGGACGACGAUCUCGACUUUGAGCGAGACCAGUACGAUAUCCAGAUCAUGCAGCAUCGGGCCAUCAUGGCGGCCAAAGCCCGAGACCAACAAGCAGCGGCGGCAGCUCAAGCUCAUGCGCAGGCGCAGGCGGCUCAAGCCCAGGCCCAGGCUCAAGCUCAGCGACGAUUGCAAGCCGAGCAGACCUCAGCCACCAACCCACCAAGCGGAGGGCAAACAAUGGGAUCCAAUCCCGGGCCUGGUGCCAUUGCCUCGACUUCUGAGACCUAAGCUGGGCUUCGUUCCUCUCCACUCUCUUACCUCCUGAUUAUGCCUUUAAUCUUUCACCCCCAUGUUUUGCAUCUGACAGGCGUUGUUCUUUCGACAUUUCCCUUACCCUCAACUGUACUUUUACCCCUUCAGCCCUGAUUCUUCACCACCAUACCCCAAACACCGUCUCUUUCUGGAGCGCCGGAAAGCAUUCGACUCCCAGGAUGACGUCGCCGGAUGAUGCUUUUUUUCUCUUAUGACAUGACCCUGGUAUUAUGCGAAAGUUAGUGUACAUAGCCAGUUUUGUCUUCUUCUUUUCUUUCUUGUCUUUCAACCGAGCAGUCGAUAGACUCAUGUACGGAUAGCGAAGCUAUGAGGUCAGCAACGAAGAAGGAACCAAAAUCGAUAUUAAUUAGACAAAAAGAAAAAGCAAACUUUUGUUCUUAUCCAUCAUAAUAA